AUGAACAUCCUCCUCCUCCUCUUCCUCAGCCUCCUCCAACUCAUCAGCGCCGCGAAAUCCGGCACCUACAACGCCGGCUGGCCGGUGGCCGGCACCUGGGUGGCGACCGACACGGUGUUCGCGCGCGAGACUGGCAUCGACAAGUAUCGGUUCACCAAAGCGGACGGGAUCUUCUACACGUACCAGCUGGACAUCAACGUGGCCGAGGUGCAAGGGUCGUUCGGCAGCACCUACGUGUUUUAUGAAACGACGGACGAGUAUUACCUCACGGUCUUCACCCGCGGCGUGCACACAAUCAAUUUCAACACCCAGGAUCCGUAUAUCUUGCAGGUCAAGGUUGUCGAGGGUUAA